GAUCUAAACAGGGGAGCAUCGCGCCUAAAGUGCUUAACCAUGAGUUGGGCGGUGGAGGAGUGGAAGGAUGGCCUUCCAGGGAAAGCCCUGCAAAGGAUUCAGGAAAUGGAGGUCCAGCUGGACAAACUGAAGAAGGAACGCAGCCAGAAACAGUUUCAGAUGGAGUCCUUGGAGGCUGCUCUACAAAAACAAAAGCAGAAAGUGGACAGUGAGCGUAAUGAAAUAUCUGUGAUGAAAAGAGAAAAUCAAUCUUUAGUUGAAUCAUGUGAUUCUCUGGAGAAAGCUCGCCAAAAAGCUGUCCAUGACCUUGGAAUCAAAGAGCAACAGGUUAACUACCUUGAGGGUCAGCUUAAUGCAUGCAAGAAGACCAUUGAGCGGCUGGAACAGGAACUUAAAAAGUACAAAAAUGAACUUGAUCGUUCACAGCCUGCAGGUGCUUCUUCAGUGGCCUCUUCAUCUGAUAUUCCAGCUUUCACCACUCCACAGAAAGGUUUUGCCACACCAGCUCCCAUCCAGGCAUACAAGCACCAAGAUAACCGGCUUGAGGAUCUUCAGGAAAAAUACAACCAGGAAGUAGAAGAAAGAAAGAGACUAGAGAAUGAAUUGAAAAUUUUACAACUUAAAUUGUUGAACCAGUCAUCUGUCUCUGUGAGCCACAAGGAUAUUGCUGCUCGGCAACAAGCAGGAUCCUCUAUAUUUCCCUGGCAGCAACAGGAGCAGAGCCACAGCCGCCACACUCAAGAUGCAAUGGAAACACCUCUGAAAAGGAGAGGUGCUUCACUGUGGGAGCUCCAUGACGAGACACCCAUUAAACCCAGUCACCGCUUGAGCUGUGCUGUCACAAUGCAGAGUCCCAGUGUUUCUUCUCAACAGAUGGAUCAACUCAAGACUCAAAAUCAAGAAUUUCGUUCUCGUGUGUCUGAGCUGGAGAGAAAUUUGGCCAAUCAAGAAAAAGAAAUAAAGAGCCAAAACUUCAAAUUACAGGAUCUGCAAACCCAACUGACUCAAGCCCGCAAAGACCUUAGUGAACGUGACAGAGACUUGGCCAAGAAGAGCCAUGAAAUCACCCAGGCUACAGACAAGCACCAACAGCUUCAGGCCAAGAGUACGUUAGUUGAGCAAAAGCUGAAACAGGUGACAGAGGAGAUGAACUGUCAAAGGCACAAUGCUGAGAGCUGUAAAAGAGCCCUGGAGCAAAAACUUAAAAACUUGGAACGAGAUAGCCAGAAGGAGCUGGCCCAGUUGCAGAAUAAUCACCAGUCUUUGGAAAGGCAGAUGAAUCAAACUCAGACGAAGCUCACUCAAGAAAUCCAGCAAUCUAAGAAGGACUAUAAUAUACUCCAGUCUGACAUGGAAAAGAUGAAUUUUCAAAAAAGUCACUUGGAAAAGGAAGUUGAGGAGCACAAACAGAAAUUACUGAGGUCUGAGCAGAGUCUUCAAGCCUGUCAGACGAAAGAACAAGAUCUCCACAAGAAAGUUGAGGAACUUCAAAGAGAGAAGAACCAUGUAUCUGCGCAACUGGACCAGAGCACUAGACGCCUGAAUCAACUGGAGGACGAGAAGAAGAGCUCAGACCAAAGUUUAAAACGCUCUCAGAAUCUUCUCGAUGAUCUCAGAGCUAAAUCUGAGGGCCAAGCCGAUGAACUGAAAAGACUUCAGUCUAAACUAAACCAACAAACUCAGGAUCUAGAUAACAUGAAAAGGACACUAUCUGAAGCAGAGAAUACCAACUCCAAGUCUCAGAGUGAUCUCUUGAAGCAGAAACAAGAAUAUGAGCAGCUCACCAGCAAAUUGAAUGUAUUGGCAAAAGAGUGUCAAGAGCUGAAAUCCAGCCUUGUUUCCUGUCAAACUGAGUGUGCUGAACUUAAGCAAUCACAUGGAGCUCUUCUGCAGUGGAAGACUGAAAAGGAAACUAUUGUCAAUGAAACUGAGGCUGUCCAAAAUUCACUUAAAGAGCAACUGAGCAGCUCUGAGAACAGUGUCAACAUGCUGAAUGAAGCAAAUGACGAAUUAAAAAAACAGCUGUCUGCAGCAGAGGAUAAGCACAGCAGUUUGUCAGCUCAGAUAGACUCGCUAAAAGGGGAACUCCUAAACAAAUGCACAGAACUAGAGGAGAAAGAACACCAGUACAAAGAACUUCAGUCCAAACUCUCAGAGUCUGACCUGAAACACUCAAAAGACCUCCAAAAUGUUGGUGUGCAGAUGGUGCAGCUUGAGGCUCAAGUCAAAGAUUUACAGAUGCUUCUGCAGAAGGAAGUGACUCGUGCAGAGCAGGCAGAGAGAAGGAUCGCCCAGCUCCAGGAAGAGCAGCAGGCAGCAUCCGACCUGAUCAGCUCCAAGGACCAGCUGGUUGAGCUCGGCCGCUCUGAGAUAAACCAACUCAGAGAGAGUCUUACUCUGGCCACAGCUCAGCAGGAGGAACAGGCCAUUAGAGUGGCUGAAGAAAAAUCAUCACUUUUGAAGCACUGUGAGGAAAGUGUGUUGUCAAAGGAAGCAGAAAAUGAAGAGUUGAAACUGCAUCUACAGGAGGCCCAACAAGACCUUCACCUGGCUCAAAAUAAAAUCACGUCUUUGGAUCAGUUGAUGAAGGUUCAGGAGCAGUUAGGAGAGGAUCUGCAAAAGCAAAUUAAAACCUUGAGAGAUGAAGCUGAACAAAAUAAUAACAUGCUAAAGGAGAAGACUGAUGAAGUCAAGCAAAUAAAACAAGAGUUGAAGGAUUUGAAAUGUCAAACUGAAGAGAACGAUAAGAACCACAAACAGACUUCAGAUCAGAUGGCGUCUUUGGAGAAACAAAAGAUUGAACUAGAAAACUCAAUUCAAGAGCUGAAGCAAGAAAGGGAGAUCUUCAAUAAUGCAACAACUGAGAAGAUAAAUAGCCUACAUGAGGAGAUUUCAUCACUAGAAGAAAAAGUUGCUGAAUCAAGACAUGCUGUAGAUAGACUUCCUGUUUUAGAGGAUGAACUGAAUAGGGUCAACCAGGCUCACACUGAAUUAAAGCAGUCUCUAGACGUCCUUGAGAGAGACUACUCAUCUGUAAAUGAAAUUAAAUCUAACCUAGAAAAUACCGUUGCGGAGAAAAAUGUUCUGAUCACUUCGUUGGAGCUCAAUAUCAAAGACAUGGCGGAAAAGGUGAAAACACAUUCUGAGAAUCAUGCUUCAGAGAUUGAACAUUUCCAUAGUGAAGAAAAGCGGCUUAAAGAUCAGCUUGAAGAACUUAAACAAAAAGAAGUGGCAACUAAAAUGGAGCUAAGGUCUCGUCGAGAAGAAAUCAAGACCAUGAAGGCGACUAUAUCUGCUGCUUCCAGUGGGUUACAAGAGAGGGACAAGAUGAUAACAGCCCUGAAUGAGAAUCUAAAAAAGGCAGAAGCAGAACAAAGUAAAUCUGCUGACCACCUGAAGGAGAAAAUGGAUGCCAUGAACAAAAUAAAGGUCCAACUGGAGAUGCUUCAAAUGGACCUGGAGGACAAUGAGACUGUAAUGAACUCAUUUUACAGUCAGACUGAGGAACUGAAGGGAACCAUAGAGUCACUGGAGGCUCAACUUGCUUACAGCAACUCUCAAAUGUCUGAGAUGGAGGCUAGAGUGGAGGAUGCCAAAGCACAGGUAUCAGUCUUGGAGAGUCGGUUAGAAGAAGUUCAGGCUCAUAACAGUUCGCUUGAGGCUCAAUAUGUCACAGCCAGAGAGGAGCUAAUGGACCGCAGCUGUGAGGUAACCAGACUGGAGGAAGAAGCUGCCCAGAGAAAACAGCUGGAAGAGGCUAUAGCUGAACUGCAGAACGAACUUGACCAGAUCAGAGCUGAAAAGGAAACGUUAGGGACUAAACUGAGCCAAACAAUUGAACACAAAGACAUUUUAGUCACUGAGAAAAGUAAUCUUGAGAAUGACCUCAUUCAAGUUGAUGUAGAAAAUAAAGAUCUUAAAGACUCCAUAAACCGAUUAACAGAAGAGAACAGAAAACUGCAGGCCAAAGAAGAACUGUUAGGCCAACUGGAGGUUAAAAUAAGUGAAUUGACUUAUGAAAAAAAUAGUUUAAAAACAGAGUUAGAAGAGGUCCACCAUGAAAAUUCUAAGCUGAAUGGAGAAAAAGAGGUUUUGGCUUGUAAAAUAACUUCUCUCGGAGAGGAAUACCGGGAUUUGGAGGUGUCCCUCACAUCAUCACAGCGAGAGGUGGAAAAUCUCAAAGAUCAACUGGAAAAAAGCGUUGAUAUAAUGCGACUCGAGGAAGAAGCAGACAGUCGAAAACAACUGGAAGAGUCUGUGGGUGGACUGCAGAAGGAGCUGGACCAGAUCAGAGUAGAAAAUGAGAAGUUGCAGACCAAUCUGAGACAGACCACAGAGCACAUUAACCUUCUGACCGAAGAGAACAGACAACUGCAGAAUAAGGUGGAACAGUUGGAAAAAGUCCAGGCUGAGUUAAAUGACAUGAUUUCGGAGAUGGAGAUGCAUAAGGAAGUUCAAGAAAAAGAUUUGCUUGUCAAUAAUAAUUCUCUGCAGCAAGAAGUGGAAAAACUCCAAGAGGAAUUGGACAGAAGGGCCAAAAAGAAUGAAGAGGAUCUCAAAGAAAAGGAUAAACAUUUUGAGGUGGAACAGGCCAGACUACUCCAGGAACUCACUGGCUUGCUUACAGAGCUAGCUGACUGUAAAGAGAAGUACAACCUAUUGAAAGAACAAGUGAACCAACAACAUGAUUUUAUAGUGCAGCUUUCUGAACCAAAAAGCAAUACAACUCCAGCUGCAGCAUGUAGCCCCACAGAGUGUUCGCAAAUAGCCAUUUAUGGUAGGACGAAACAAGUUUGGAAGCCUGUGGGCAAAUGUUUAGAGUCUGUCCCCAAAACACAUGUCAGUGCUAAAAUGGAGCUCUGUGAUGUUAUACCACAAGAGUGUGUGCAAAAUGUCUGUACCAAUCAAGAAGAAAUGGUAACUGGAGAGCAGCCUCCAAAAGAUGAUGCUCUACCUAAAAUCACAGAUGACUCUCAUCUGAGGCAUGAAUACAUGACAUCCACUGCAACAUCUAAUACAAUUGAGGUUAAUGGGGAAGAGGGAACACAAGAUGAUAAACUGGAGACCCUCCACUCUGAGAUUGAUUUAUUGAAUGCUGACCUUGAACUGAGAAGAGAGAUGAGUGCUGAAAUGGAGACCUAUGUCAAAAACCUGGAACAGAAAAUUACUGCCGUUGAGACAAAAGCACAGGAUGCCAUAAAUAAACUAAACAUUGCCUUGAAAGAAAACAGAGGUCUUGUGAACCAGGUUGGAAAGCUGACAGAGGAUAAUGAAUCUUUGACACUACAGCUCCAAACCGCUAAAUGUCAGCUGACUGACAUCAUGGAGAUGCUUGAAGGACUUGAGAUGGCCAAAGGUGGAUGGGAUGAGAAGUUCCUUCAGCAGGAGAGUGAGUUAAAAAGGGUGCGCUCAGAAAAGGCGAACCUGGAGCAGCACAUUCUUGGGAUGGAGGGAGAGCUGGAAACACUGCAGGAGGAGGGCACCAAACUAACGCAAGACCUGGAAACCCAAAGACGUGCCUGUUCUGGGAUGGAGAACAACAUGGAGAGACUCAUGGCAGAGACAACCCAGCUGAGGUCAGAACUUGUCUCUUGCACAGAAGAGCGAGAUGAUUUGAGCCACUCUCUGUCUCAGUGCAAAGAGCAUGUGCACAGCCUGGAAAAGGCCAACUCUGACACCAGAGAACUCAUUUUAAUCCUGGAGGAUGACAUCAGAGCGAGGAAGAAGGAGUAUGACGCCCUGCAAAGUAACAUGAAUAAAAUUAAAACUGAAAGGGAACAGUUGUUGGAGCAGGUCAAAACUUUAGAGCAGGCUCUGGAUCAGCAGAGUGGAGAGAAAGAGGACCUGCUUGGCCAACUGGAGAAAAUACAAGAGGACCACACUUCUGAUGUCAACAACACAGAGUCCUUAGCCACCAAAAUACAGUCUCUCGAGGGUGAAGUGACUCGCCUGACGCAUUCCCUAGAGUCUUCCCUCUUAGAAAAAGGAGAGAUCGCUUCUCGUCUCAACGCCACUCAAGACGAAGUGCAGCAGAUGAGGACUGGUAUCGAGAAGCUCCAGGUUCGCAUUGAGGCAGACGAGCGCAAGAAAAAGAAGAUGGGAGAACUGCUUAAAGCUGCACAAAGGAAAGCUGAUUCACUUCAAGAUCGCAUUGAGGCCCUUGAGCAAGAGAAGGAGGAUGUGGAACAGAGUCUUGAAGAUGCAGUGGUUCAGGCGGAAAGUGUCAAAGCUGAACUGGAAGAAGAAAGAAGAAGGGUUGAAGUAGAGAAAAAAGAGCUGAGUGAAAAACUCAAAGAGCUCUCUACUGAACUGGAUCACCUCAAAUUGGAAAAGGAAAACAUGGAACAAGAACUAAUAAUGAAAAGACAAGAAAUUGAAGCACUCAAGGUGGCUAAGGAAGAACUGGAGCGAGUUCAAAACGACAGACAACAGGAAGUGCUGCUGUUGGAGAAGGGAAUGAAGGAAGCCACAGAGAGACAGACAAGAGAAGUAGGGGAUCUCCAAACACAGCUUGAAGACAUGCAGAAGAAGAUACUUACCCUUGAACAAAAAAGUGCAACAUUGGAGGCAGAGAAGAUGCAAAUGCAGUUUGCUCUGCUGGAGCAUGAAAGUAAGAAUAACCAGUUAAGCAGUUCCUUAAAUGAAUGGCAAAAAGAAGGACAAAGGUUUAAAACUGACGAGGAGCAGUGGGACAUGGAGAAGCAGAACCUGAACAGAUGCAUUGAGGUUUUGGAAAAAGAAACAGAGGAACUUAAAACUCUCAUCACAGCUAAAGAGAAGAAGCAGGCAGCUUUGGAAGUAAUGAGCCAUCAGGAAGAAGAGCACAGGCAAACAUUAGAACAGUCCAUCACAGUUCUCACAAAAGAGAAAGAAGUGAUUGAAGACCAAAACAGACAGUUACAAGAGGACAUGGUUCAACUAAAGUCAACCCUCAUUUCAGUCAAACAGGAGAGGGAAGAGCUGCAGUCUGCUUUAGCAUUGUCUAAAGAAGAAAAUGAAAACCUUCACUCAAGCUUAGCAUUGGUGGAAAAGGACAAAAGUGAUAUGAAGCAAUCAUUGUCUUUGUGCGAGCAAGAUAAAGUGAAAAUCAAUCAGGAAAAGCAGACACUAGAGGUGGAAAUGCAGAAAUGCCAGUCUUUGAAUGGUUUGUUAAAAGAAGAAAAAGAUGCUCUGAAUAUCACCAUUUCUUCACUUGAGGAAGAGAAGAAGAAAGUUAAGGAGGUAAAAGAAAAACUGGAAUGUGAGAAGGAACUGCUGCAGUCUACUGUGUCCUCGAUGGAAAAGGAAUUGGAAACAAACAAAUUAUCCAUCUCAGAACUCAAUAACCAGGUGUCAGAGCUGACUUCCCGUGCUUCUCGUUUCUCUAAAGAGAAAGACUCUGCUCUGAGCAAGAUCAAUCUAUUGAUGAAAACCUGCAAACAACUGGAGGAGGAGAAACAAGCCAUGUUGAACAAUGCGGAAAGUGUAAAUGACAGUGAGGAGGUGAGCCAACUCAAGAUGGCAGCAGAGGAGAGCGAGAAACAAGUGCAAAGUCUGAAAGCUUCCCUUGAAGAGAAGACCAGUGAGGCUCAACAAAAUAACAAAAAAUUGCAUCAGGUAAACAAUGCUCUGGAACUCAUAAAGAAGGAAUUGGACUCAAAGAACAAAGAGUUGGAAGAAGCCAAGAUCGAUCUGAAUGAACUGAACAAACUUGUGGAGGAGAAAAGUCAAGAGGCUGACGAGAGCAUGGACAAGUACUGCACUCUAAUGAUUCAAGUGCACAAACUGGAAGAGACCAACAACGCCCUGACAGCACGACUGGAGCAGAUCACCAGCAAACAAACCGCUAAUGCUAACGUCCAUCCCAGCGGGGCUGAGGGCCUCCGCCGCUCAAACAGGAAGUCCAGCUCGAAACUUCACACCACUGACAACUCUGAGAACAUCCCGUCCACAUCUCUGCGCUCUCCUCAGGGAGCAGGAAAGCGGGGUCACUGUGACGUCACUGAUAAAGACACUGUUCAAGAAGCUUUGCACAACCUGACCAAGAAAAUCAAAGCUACUGCUGCCACCACACCCAGGCCCCAGGCUCAAAAGGACGAGGACUUCAGACCUGAAGGACUCCCGGAGCUGGUGCAGAAAGGGUUUGCAGAUAUUCCUCUAGGCGAGGCCAGCCCAUUUAUCGUCCGAAGAACCACUGUGCGGCGCUGUAGCCCUCGGCUCAUGUCAAAGCAGAUCUCUACAUCAGAGAAGAUGCUGGAGCCUCUUCACCUGCAGAGCCCCUCUGCUGAUAUAGCCUCAAACAGGAAGCGUCUUUCACAAAGUGCAAACGAUCCAAAUACAAUUCAGAAUUUACAGAAGACAGAGCAGGCACAAGCACAGGAAGAAAACUGUCACGUACAGUAGAUUCACACAUGCACAAACACGCACACAUGCACAUAUGCACAUACGCACAUACACAUUAAGCCCAUACUCCAGUCACACAAUUAGGAUCCCUAUUCACUCUAUACAUACAUGAGCUAAUCUUGCUCCAUUUUGAUGCCCUCAUUUUUCUUUACAUGUUGGUAUUUUGCUUCUUGUUUUUGACUUAAGUCCUUUUGGACUUUGUACAUAGUCUGCUGUAGAUAGAAACUGUGCUUCAUGUAUGUAUCACUUAUUUGCUGAUGGCAGCUAUGAGUGUAGACUGUACUAACAAAUGCUUUUCCUUUUUAUAAAUGUUUUUAGACUCCCAAUCAGUUUUGUAAAUGUAAAUGGCUGUUAAAACAUUUUACUAAAGAUUUUACCUUGCCCAAACUGUGUUUGACUUUUGAUUGGUUAAUGGCAUGAGAAC